AUUUGUAAUCAGUAACUAUGCUAAGUACUAAAUAGUAAAUAUGAGCGAAACGAAAAAAAUUUAAAAAGUACUUUCUUGUAAGAACAAUUUGUACAUAAUAUUUUUAUUUUUAUCGAAACCGAAGUCCUAAGAAAAAUAUUUGCUCAUGAUUUUGACUAUAAGUAGUUUGUUGAUGAUGUUUGCUAAUCUCAUGCAACAAACAAAAAAAAUUAUUCAAGAGAAGUAUUUAAAAAAUGACAGUGGAAAUACGACGGCGACCACGAUUGAAAUCGAUGCUACAGAUGAACAACUUGAAGAAAAAACACAAGAAUUGAAGGACCAAAUCUUUGAUAUUAUUAGAACAAUUAAGGAUCCAGAGAAACCAGCUACUCUGGAAGACCUUAACGUUGUGUAUGAAAAUGGAGUAGAGGUAAUUAAUCAAAGAAACUUGAAAUUAUAUACUGUUCGAAUUGAAUUCAAUCCUACAGUACCACAUUGCAGUUUAGCUACUUUAAUUGGCCUCAGUAUAAGAAUUAAAGUUAUAAGAUCUAUUUUAGAAAAUGUUAAAUUGGAUAUAUACAUUAAAGAAGGUGCUCACACGACUGAAGAAGAAAUUAACAAACAAAUAAACGAUAAAGAACGGGUUGCAGCUGCAAUGGAAAAUCCGAGUUUAAGAGAUGUAGUGGAAAAAUGUAUAAAGGAAGAAGAAUAAAAGUUAAAGUUUAAAGUAUAUAUAUAUUAUGUAUAUUAUAUAUAUUGAAUGUUUAUACGAUGGUGUUUGCCUUUUUAAUGAUCUAUUAAAGUAUAUUUUAUUGAAUAAUUUAAAUUAUAUGUAAAUAUUAUUACAAUCUUGUGAUUUAUUAUACUAUUUAAAAAUUUGAUCAUAAAUCAUUAUGUUUUAAUCAGCUA